CGGCGGUUGGUUCUAUUGGUUGUGUUAUAUGGUUCAUUAUAAAUUUGUGAUAAAGGCUAUCGAAAAAUUAUGAAAAACAUUGAGAUAGUAAAUAUGUCGUGAUAACGUAUGGUGAAUCAUACGCGUACGCAUGCACCUUGUCUGCCACUUCGUAUUUUAUUACUUCAGUGUUAUGAUCGCAUCAUAGCGCACGGUUCUAGACACUCGAAACCAGUCGAUAUUAUGUGGCCCGAACGUGAGAACGACAUAAGAGUUUUACAAUUAUGAUGCCUAUGGUGUACACAGUGUAUGGUUUUGCUAUAUUUUUUAUGAUUGCGUGGAUUUGUUUGUGGUUAAUUCAUAUAAUGGCUCUGUCAUAUUCGAAGUGGAAAUUGCACCGGACUGUGGACCGGUCGCCACCGGAACAACCAUAUCUCGGAGUUUCUAUCCUGAAGCCUCUCACCGGAGUCGAUCCUAACUUGUUUUCAAACCUGGAAACGUAUUUUACGUUAGACUACCCGACCUACGAGUUGCUCUUUUGUGUGGAAAACGAGCACGACCCAGCUGUGAUGCUCGUCAACAGUCUAAUGCAGAAGUUUCCUCAAGUGGAUGCAAGAUUAUUCGUAGGCGGAUUGUGUGUUGGUGUGAACCCUAAAAUUAAUAACAUGCAGCCGGCGUACUUGGCGGCAAAGUAUCCGUUAAUAUUAGUGAGUGAUUCUGGUAUCCGCAUGCGAGAGGACACAUUACUGGACAUGGUCCAGCAUAUGAAGGAAGAUGUUGCGAUUGUACAUCAGUUGCCGUUUGUUUGUGAUGCCGACGGUUUCGCGGCUGUGUACGAGAAGGUGUACUUCGGCACAGCGCAGGCGCGUAUGUAUCUCGGCGCCGACUUUCUCGGUAUCAAUUGUCAUGUUGGUAUGUCGUCGCUGGUACGACGAUGCGCACUGGAGGAAGCCGGUGGCCUAGCAGCAUUCGGCGAGUAUUUGGCCGAAGAUUAUUUUAUGGCCAAGGCUGUUGUAUCUCGAGGAUGGCGUAUGCGUGUAGCAUCGUUGCCGGCACAGCAAAAUAGUGGCGCGAAAUCGGUGGGUGCACUUCAAGCGCGUCUCAAGCGCUGGGCGCGAUUACGUAUAGCGAUGGUGCCGACGACAGCUCUACUAGAACCGCUGAGUGAGUGUCUCCCCCUCGGCGCUGGCGCCGCAUGGGCUGCAGGAGAGCUCUUCGGUGCGGAGCCUCUACCCUUCUUCUUAGUGCAUGUGCUAGUGUGGUUCUUAUCGGACUGGUUAAUGUUGCGUUCAGUGCAAAAUGGCUCACCUCCUAUUACGAAAGUUGAGUUUCUGCUCGGGUGGGUGUGGAGCGAGUGCUGCGCGCCAUUUGUGCUGGCUGCGGCACUGCUUAACCCUGAGAUAUCGUGGCGGACUCGCAGUUAUCGACUGGACUGGGGCGGCCGCGCCCAUGAGCUCAAACCAAAACUUAAAUUUUGAGCCCCAUACCCUCCCUUAUUGAAAGCUUUAAUUUGAUGUACGUAGUUUAUGUUACAUUAUGUAUGUUGAAUGAGUACAUUUUCAGAGACCCUGAAUUUGAUUGAAUGUUUAUAAUUAUUAUAUUAGUAUUAAGUUUUUGAUUUUAAUUAUUAUUUAUAAUUUUGAAAUGAAUGGUGGAUACUUGUUAUUCUUGUUUUAGAGUUUUGUAUGUUUAUAGAUUAAAAUAAUUGUCAGCUGUUGCAUAAUUAUUUUCUGGUAGUUAAUUGCCAAUAAUGAUCUGCCAUAUUGAGUUUAAAUUUCAUGUACAUAUUAAAUUAAUAAAUGAGCGAAAAAGGUAACUGGUAUGUGUAUGCACUGUGAUUCAUUCGCUUAUCAACAAUGAAUAGCGAAGAUUCCUCACUCUGCUCACUUGAAUUUUUAAAGAGUGAAUCAUUUUUUGUAACGCUGACCUGCUUUUGCAGUAAGUACAAGUUUUAUUGAUCAAGAACAAAAGGCCGACAUUCUCAUCACAAAUAUGUAUAAAACUGUAAUUUGUAAUCAUUGCUUAUUUUAAAACAAAAGUACAUUCUAUAUAAAGUACAAAACAAACUCUUGUAUUCAUUGUUAAUUUAUUCGCCUUUCAAAAAUUACAUUACCAAUGUUACUAAGUAAAUAAAAAACAACUGCAAUUCUAAAUAUGAGUGAACAGGGUUUAUCUCUCUAAUAAUAUUUUUUAAUACUAUCCAAGUUUUUGAAUUUUAUUUUUUCUGUACCUUUGGACUAGGAGUGUUAAAAGAAAUAAUUAUCUGUGCACAUUGGAAAUGGGACCAAAAAGGUUGAAUUAUAUUUUAAUGGUAAAAAAUUAUUAUAAAAGACAGUAUUAAUUUCUCAUGUGAUUAUUCUUUUUUUUUUUUUUUUCAAUGAACGGUAUUGAGAGAAAAGACUGUAUUUUCUAAUGUAGCUGUGUCCAAAGGUACUUAAUUUUGUUGUGAUUAUAUUAAGAAGUUUUAUUCUUUUAUUUUUUGGAGGUUUUUACUGUGCCAUGAUUACUUGCUUCGGUUCUAUGUAUGCAUGCAUAUUAUUCCUUGUGCAUAACUUCACUUUGGGCUCUAAAUUCACAGGAUAUGAAAUAGGCCUUAACCAACUAAAUUUUAUAAUGCAUUUACUUCAACGAUACAACAAUACAGGCAUAAUGUUGUAAAAAAUAUGAUAAUUAAACUAUUUUGAGUCUUUGUUUCAUAGUUGAAGAUAUAUUAUACUGAAAUUUUAAAGCUGACUUUUCACUAUGAUGUAUAAUAUAAAGUAAUAAUACACAGUUUAAUUUUACAUAGAAUAAUAUACAAAUAAGUUUGAAUAUAUAGUCCAGUCCAUGUAUAACACAUAUUUUAUUGUUUUAUGUUAUAUUAAGCUUAUCGAACCCACACACCCUUUCAUGCCCGUAUUAAUCUUGCUUGUUAUCUGACAGAGCAUUGUAUAUAUUGCUGGUUUUACGGAUCAAAUAUAUUAUCUCUUAGUGUCUUAGUGGAAAUGCCAAUCAUAUGUGAUGUAAUUUAUAUCUAGGUUGUAAUGUAUAUUAUAUUUAUUAGUGAAAAGCCAGCUUAUGUAGACAUCAUAAAGGUAUGCAGUCAACUCAUAUUACUCAUUUGUGGUAAUUUUAAAUUGGUAACCUUGCGACUCGCCUUCUGUCUAAUAAUUUACAUACAUAACAUAUAAACUGGAUUUUCCUGUCCAAUCUGUCUAGCCCUCAAUGAAUUGAAGUGUCAUAACUAAUUUCUGAAAGAAUUUUAGUUGUAUGUUUGAAAGACAAAUUAAAUAUAUAUAGUCAAAGAAUUUCAUUCAUUGCUGUUAUUUAUUUUCAAAAAUACUAUUGACUUUAUAUGUCCCAAUCAACUGGUUCAAUUAGCCUUUGAUUAACAGCCUAGCCACUUUAUUAAUAGAAUAAGUGCUUUCGUGAAAAUAAGUUUAGUUAUCAAGAAUUUCGAUCUUCCUGAGCGUUUUACAGGUACUGCUGUAGGACCGACUAGGUCACAUAGAUUUAGAGAGUUAAUAGAGUCGUUAUUUAAUCACUCAAUUAAAAAACAAAUGAGGGUAAACAAGCAAAUGAACCUAUUCUAUGAACGGAAGAUGUAUUGGCCGAAGGCAUUUAGAUGAUUUAGGCCGCUAGUUGAACGGCGUCGCUUAACCAAUGGCUAAGAGUUUCGUUUUAAUUUUAAUUUCUGUUAUUUAAAUGAUUAAUUCUGGCUAAUUAAGCUAGUUGCCUGCGACAUACACUAAGUAUUGCCAAACUCGUAAAUGGACGCUAUACGAACUAUUCCUAAAGUUCAGAGUACAUAGUAAUAUUAGAUAAUUUUAUAUCAAACGCCUAAUCGAAAUUAAACGAUGAUUUAAUGUGUUGAUGAGGGUAUUAAAUAUCUAUUUGAUAAGCCUUUCAGAAGCUAGCUGGUCAAUCUUUUAGAUUAGGUCGAUUUUAGUUGAUGUAUACAUAUAAGCAUUCCUUUUAUUUUUUGAUUGACCUUGGGCUCUAAGUUUCCAAGUCUCUAAAAUUCCGUAACGAGGACAACGCACGUAAAAUCUUAUCGCUUAUAUAAUCAGCGGUAAUCUAAAAUUUGAUUCUAAGUUUCCAGUUAUCAUUUUAUGAAUAUCUGAUUUGUUUUAAUAUAAUUUUGUUGAAUGGAUAUGUUCAAUCAUGAUAAAUUAUUUGAAACAUUAUACUAAAAAGAUGACAGGAUAAUGGGAAAAGAUGGUUGACUUUCACAGAUUGCUCUUACACUAAUGUACUUAUUUCAUUGAAUAUAUUGUAGAUAUUUGUAACAAUUAUUACUAAUAGAUUUCGAAACCGACAAAGUAGAAAGUGACAGAAUCAACAAAAACUAAAAAGUACGACCGUUUCAUUAGAAGUUACGCAAACUGUAAACGAAAGAACUAUGAAAAAUUUAAUUUCAGUAAGUGUAAAAUACAAUUGCUAAAAUUUUUAUUUGUAGAUAUGAAAUUAUAAUUUAAAAAAAAAAAACAUGUGGACUGUUACGGAUAAUGCCUAUUAUAAGUCAUAAGGUUUCUUUUUAAUUCGAAUUUUAAAUUACUUUUAUUCUUGGCAUUUGAGAUUAAGGUAAUGAGAUAAUUACAUAUUGAAAAAGAUAUAUUUUUCUUUAAUUAUUGUUUUAGCAAAAGCAAAAAUAUUACGACCUAGCAACGGCUACAUUAGAAAAAAAAUUAUUAAUUUUUAACAAUUAUUUGUACGAUAUCAACGUAUAUUUUCAUAUGAUUUUAAUAAAAUAAUAGAAAGUCUUAUCGUAAAAAGGAAUGCUUUAUAUGAGAAUAGAGUCUGUAUCAAUUAUUUUGUCCAAUUGCUUAUUUUUCAAUAAACAUUCAUUAUAUUCAAUUUAUUAACGAGAUGUAUUAAUAACACAGGGUUUGGGGCGAACUACAGUCAUAGUUAGAUACAAUAUUUGCAUUGUUAUUGUUACGUAAUACAUACAUCGAACCACUCAGAAAGUCGAUUCUUAUUGGAUUCAUACUCAAUCCCUUUUUAAUCCUUUUAUAUAAACAUAACGCAAUGUAAAAAGAAAAUACUUUAAAAGGACUCGUUUGAUAUACGUAUAAUUAGUUUAUUAUAUAAAUUUAUGAUUACGUAAAAUGACAUUUUAUCGCUAGACACGUUUUGUUCUUAAAACUUCAUGUUAUUAAAAAAACUGAAAUAAAUUUCAACGAACGAAUAUAUUUCAUUUGUUUUUCUUUCCGCUAAAUUGAUGUAAUAGUGUUGUUAAUACCGAUAUAUACAACUAUCGAUAAUAAAUAAUUGACACCUCGCUAAUGUUAGAGCAAAACGUCGUGUCUAAAAAGAAAAUUCAAACUAUAAAAUUCUUGGUAAUAAUAUAACGAUAAUCACGGCUAACGGCAUUAUUUAUAAAUUAGUUUAGCGCUCGUGUUUUCUCUUCUGUCAUCAUUUAUUUGACCCCCUAAACAAUAGUAAGAGGUAAUUCCGUUAACUAUCAGUUACAAUGGAUUGAUAUUAGAAAUAUGAAAAUUUUAUUUACUAAUUUAAAAAUAUAUAUAUCAGAUUUUAUGAUCUGCUAUGGAUCUAAUUAAAGUUAUAAUUUAAAAUACGGCUUUUGCUCUAACAAUAACGUUUGUAAGUUUGCGCGAGUUAAUCAAAAAAUAAUUUGACAUUUAAACUUUAAAAAAGAAAUAUAUGAACUAAAAUUAUUAAACAAAAAAAAAAAAAUUAUAAAUUCUUGGUUUAAAAAAAAAUACAAGGCCACGGGUCAGAAGUGGAUGAAACUUUGCUUCUUAAGCGUCGUACUUAAAUCGACCUUGAAAAUAAGCAAAAAAAUUUUCCCUUGGUUAACUUGUGUACGCGUACGCGUGUACGCGCGCUUAAAACUAUCCUGUGACUUUAAAAAUUUCUGAGCCUCGCUAGUAUUAUAUAAAUAACCAGUAUAUGCCUGAAUACAGAUCAAUACUCAAAUGUAUAAUAAAAAAAAUAGUACCUUAAAAUUAUUUCGCUUGUUUUUGGGGCCAUAUUACAUGUUUAUUUAAAUAGAAUUGGUACAUUGAUAAAUUACCGUCUUAUGUCUUUUGAUAUUAUAUUUUGUUGUAAUCAGAGCUGGCUUCUGCUAUUCUGGAUAUCUUCCUUGUUAUACCAAUGACCUUGUAGCUGACGGACGCUCACGAGGCAAGUUUAGCCCGUACCCAGAUGGCUAAGGCUUUUCAGGAAGAGCUCCUAUUCUAGCUAUCCAGGAGCUCCAGAUUUAAAAUAUAUAUUUUUAAAAAUCGCUUUUAUUUGGCAUUAACUAUGAUUGCAUUUUAUUGUAAAUAUUUGAAGUUGUUUAUUUUGAAAUUCAUUACGAACAAACAAAUUAUAUUGGUUAGGGACAAAACACCGACACCUUGAAGUCGAAGCAAACAGCUCAGCUCACCUGAGUGGUUUUUUUGUCUAAUCUCUCGAUUGCUUACCUUUUAAGCCCAUAUGAGCAGAGCGCCUGGAUCGCUCUCAUCAAAGCCAUCUCUGAUUACAAUAGUUUUAUUGCUUAUAUCAUUUUCAUAGUUCUGGGGACAAUUCUACUGACAGAGCGUUACUUUAUCGUAAAUCGUUGCCGGUUUUUUUUCAUAUUAUUUAAAUGAAUUAUUCACUUUUUUUUAAAUUCACAAUUAGCUUUGGCUUUGACCUUGUGAUAUAUGGUAACACCGUAUUCUAUUAGAUACAGAAUAGUCGAAGAUUGUAAUAGAAUCGGGAACGUAUCUUCAACGAUUUAAUAAGUAGAAUUGACCCCCUGGUACCGUUUACAAUUGUACGUAUUCUAUUAAAAUAUGCAUAAUAUCACAUGCGGAUCGAAUGUAGAAUUGAUGUAGAAUUUGUGUAUUGUACCUGAUAACGGCGACUUUUAAUAAAAAAUAUCAGUAUGUUUGGAA